CAUGCUUAAGUAUCAACAGUGAAGCAGGUAGCUGAUAAAAGGAUUUGAAAACACAAACUGAAAUGCAUUAAGGGACGUUCUUUAAAGAGUCCGAUUAUAGCCGUCGCUUUGUGCGUAUAAAAUGGAAUAUAUCUGCUGAAAAACGUCUUUAUUCCUUUUUAGAUAGCUAAUUCGUUGCUCGAAUAAAAUUUCUCAAGAUAAGAACAACAGUAUCUUGCAAAGCCAAGAGGAAAACCUUUGGUCCUGACCAUUUAACAUCAUGACAAAGUAUAACUUUUUAUUGUGCUUAACGGUUCUUAUCUCUUUGGGACUGUCCGGGAGCGAUGAGCCGGACCUCUUUCUGGCCCCAGUGAGCGAGAUGUCCUCGGAUGCUGGCGUCUCUCUUUUUGAUGUGGAGGAUGUGGACUCUCCUGAGUGUUCCGCGUGCGUUUGGAGAGAACAGAGUAAAGUCUUACGGCUGGAAACAAUCAAAUCACAAAUCCUUAGCAAACUGCGCUUAAAGCAAGCGCCCAACAUUAGCAGAGAGGUGGUUAAUCAGCUUCUUCCCAAAGCACCUCCGCUGCAACAGCUCCUGGACCAUCAUGACUUCCAGGGGGACGCAUCCUCCCUAGAGGAUUUCAUGGACGCCGAUGAGUAUCACGCCACCACCGAGUCUGUCAUCACCAUGGCUUCAGAGCCUGAACCUCUCGUGCAGGUGGAUGGGAAACCCAGCUGUUGUUUCUUCAAGUUCAGUCCAAAACUGAUGUUUACCAAAGUCCUGAAAGCCCAGCUGUGGGUUUAUCUGCGGCCACUACAGCAAACUUCCACUGUUUACCUGCAGAUCCUUCGCCUUAAACCUAUCACUGAGCAAGGAAGCAGACACAUCCGCAUCCGGUCACUCAAGAUCGAGCUCAAUUCUCAAGUUGGUCAUUGGCAGAGCAUUGAUUUCAAACAUGUGUUGCAGAACUGGUUCAAGCAGCCACAUACAAACUGGGGCAUUGAUAUAAACGCCUAUGAUGAGAGUGGCAAUGACCUGGCUGUGACGUCUCUGCGGCCUGGAGAGGAGGGACUGCAGCCAUUCCUGGAGGUCAAGGUUCUUGAAACAACCAAGCGAUCACGGAGGAAUCUGGGUCUUGACUGUGAUGAGCACUCCACAGAAUCCCGCUGUUGUCGCUACCCACUCACAGUGGACUUUGAAGCUUUUGGCUGGGACUGGAUCAUUGCUCCUAAACGUUACAAGGCAAACUACUGCUCAGGCCAGUGUGAGUACAUGUUCAUGCAGAAGUACCCACAUACUCAUCUGGUGCAGCAUGCCAAUCCCAGAGGCUCAGCAGGGCCAUGCUGCACACCCACGAAGAUGUCUCCGAUAAACAUGCUCUACUUCAAUGAUAAACAGCAGAUAAUCCAUGGCAAAAUCCCAGGAAUGGUGGUGGACCGUUGUGGCUGUUCAUAGAAUUGAGGAUUUUUGGUUGAGCUAAGGGGAAGUGAUUGAGGGAGGGUGUCAGGGAUGCAGUCUAAAAUCUGCUAGUCUCUACAAUUUCCUUAUAUUUUCCUUACAUUCUUUGGAAAGAAUACUACAUAAUGUACAGAGAACAAAAACAUGUUUGUAGUUUCUUUCGCAAGUCCAGCAGAACAGUCCAGGAUAAAUCCUAAUAUGAUUUUUUACUUUAUUAUUUGAAUCUUGAACAAUUUUGUACACACAAGACUUGGCUGCUUAGUUUUUAUUUUUUUAAUGCAUUGCGCUGAGUAGCUCUGGCCACAUUCAAAGAGAUUCAUAGGUCCAAAAUUCCGCUCUGCAGCAAAUAUAUUCUCAUUGCCUGUGAUUUUGCUACUUUGUGCAGUAUUCCACAUUCAGAGAGAAUAGAAAAAAAUUCUUGGUGCAUUGAAGAAAUGACAGGAGACACAUGCACCCCACCCCCUUCACUAAUGCUGCUACCACUAUGGUGCGACAUUCUCAAUAAUCUAAGCACCCUUUCAUGACUUUGAUCCUCUUUUUACCCUUGAUCUUGUAAAAAGCAAAGGGAAAAGGGAAGAAAAAGGAAGACAUUUUUAUUUGUAAUACUUUUAAGGAGAAAAGGAACAUGUCUAAUAGUGCUUUUAGCACUAUUAAUGUAUUUCAGCAACUGCGAUGGACAAAAUCAUCUUAAGAAAAAAAUAACAAAAAUAACUUAUUUAAAAAGAUAAUGUCACACAUAUCUAGAGUGUCACACACAACAAUUUAAUGGUAAUUUGUGUAAAGAUAAUGUUUCCCAUGAACUAAGUUUGGUUUCAGUGAUUUGGAUUCAGUGAUUUAUUGGUAUCAAAAAAUCAGUGUUAAAGUAAAACAAAAUAAUACAUGUCCAUGUCCAUGUCCAUGGCUAUAUUCACUUGUACUGAAUACAGUUAAAUAUGGGUCCCUAUGCUGACACAGGUAUUUACAUCAACAUAAAAGAACAGAUGUCACUGUAAAUCACAACUAUAAUACUCUAUCCUGUGUAGAUAAGACACUUUUUGAAUGAGUGUCUGCAAUAUAGAGACAUUUAGAGAAAAAUCAUUUCAUUUAACUUUUUCUGUAUUUAAUCAAAUAUCAUUCCUGCCCCUUGCCAACCUUUAAUGGUAUAGUAAACUUAUUUGGGAGUGCUGAAAAAGCAAAGGAUGGAGAGGGGGAGAAGUAGAAUAGAAAUCUUUUUCUAUUCUUCAAAGAAGUCCCUUUGUUGAAAACAAAAGCACUAUGAUGUUGGAUAAAAGAGGAGCCUUCUUACACUAAAUCUAAGUAAUAUAUGUGUAUAACAAAAAAGAAAAGAAAAAAAAAAAAGGGGGGGGGGGUGCAUAUAAAAGAUUAUAUUGGGCACUCUACUUACCAACAAUAAAUUUUGCACUAUGGGAAGUAAAUGGCAAGCGGAAUCAUGUUGUUGUCUCCAUUUGUAUUUGACCUUUUCAAGCACAAGAAUUUGUAGAUGGAUUUUAUUAACUGACAAAUGUCUAAGGAGUUUAUGGCCAGUCCACUAUAGUGUAUCUGUUUUGAUCUCUUUUGAAAUCAUUCUGCUGAAGCAGAUACUAUUAGUUGGCCUCCUCUUAGACAAACCAUACCUAAAAUUUCAAAACUGAUCUAAGCCUGGACUUUAAAAAGGAUCUGUUUUGUAAUCUUAUAAAAUCCACAAAACUGAACUCUAAUGCCUUAACAUUCUAGAUGACAUUAAUUAAGUUCUAAAGUUUUGGCAACUAUUGUUUGUGAUUCAAAUAAAAGUGGUCAUGCACAAUGAGAAUGCAGGUCACAUAAGACUGGAACUUAGUGACUAACAAUGAACAUUUUUUUUUAUUUUAUUUUUUUACUUGGUUCAGAAUAGAAACAAGGUUAUAUGGGCCAGUAACUACCAGUAGGGAAUUUUCAGUAAGUAAUUAUCUCUACUGAAAAGUAAAUCAAUCACAAAAUAAGUAAAAACUACCUCAUCAAAAGGUUUGAAGUCUUACUAUAAAAUGAAAAUUGACAAAUUUUAUAGUAUCUCUAGAGCUAAAAUCCUCUAUACUUAUGGUCAAACUACAAAUGCAUGUAAUCACAUCAUCAAAUUUUUACUAUUGCCAUUCCAGUUCUGUCAAUGUUGUUUAAAACAUUAAG